AUGGAGGGUAUGAUUGGAUAAGAGACCCUCCAAAAAUAGAGGGUAUAGUUGGAUUAGUGUUGCAGACUCUGCAAAAAUGAAGAAAUGUAAUGUAAACCCUGCAAAAAUAGAGCUAUGGGUUGAAGCAUAGUAAAAUCCGAUGAAAAAAACUGAAACGAAAAUCGAACCGUUAAAAUCCGGUUCAUGGCGCCGCUGGUUCGAAGGUUUUCGGAACCGGAUGGCCAAAGUCCUACCCCGCUUCCACCGAUGGGUUGGGUAGGUUAUAGUGACCGCUCUAAUUUAGUAAUUCUAAAUCCUUAGGCCGAUUCAUCUUGGUGUGGUCAGGGUUCAGAUCUUUAACUGAUUAGGGGUUCCUCAAUUGAAGGAUUCUGGGUCUAUAAUCAACAGUGAACAGGAAGAGAUAGAAGAACAUCAAGUAAUCGAAGUUUCGAGCUAAGCAAUCAAAUUGGAAAUGGUGUUUGGUCAGGUGGUUAUCGGACCGCCGGGGUCUGGAAAGACCACAUAUUGCAAUGGCAUGUCUCAGUUUCUCCAGCUUAUUGGGCGGAAGGUUGCAGUGAUAAACUUGGAUCCCGCUAAUGAUGCUUUGCCAUAUGAUUGCGCUAUUAACAUUGAGGAAUUAAUUAAGCUUGCUGAUGUAAUGGCUGAGCACUCUCUUGGUCCUAAUGGAGGACUUAUUUAUUGUAUGGAUUAUUUGGAGAAGAAUAUUGAUUGGUUAGAAUCCAAACUAAAACCUCUCCUGAAAGAUCAUUAUCUUCUCUUUGAUUUUCCUGGCCAAGUGGAACUGUUUUUUCUUCAUCAAAAUGCAAAGAGAGUUAUCAUGAAGCUUAUAAAGAAGUUAGAUCUCAGGUUGACUGCUGUACACUUAAUUGAUGCUCAUCUCUGCAACGAUCCCGGAAAGUACGUUAGUGCCUUGCUUUUAUCAUUGUCAACCAUGCUACAUAUGGAGCUUCCUCAUGUCAAUGUUUUGUCUAAGAUUGAUCUGAUUGAAAGCUACGGAAAGCUAGCUUUCAACCUUGACUUCUACACCGAUGUGCAGGAUUUGUCUUAUUUACAGCAUCUUCUUGAGCAGGAUCCCCGGUCUGCUAGGUAUAGAAAACUCACGAAGGAAUUGUGCGAGGUGAUUGAAGAUUACAGUCUUGUCAAUUUCACAACUUUGGACAUUCAGGAUAAAGAGAGUGUUGGAAAUCUAGUCAAACUGAUCGACAAGAGCAACGGUUAUAUAUUUGCGGGCAUUGAAGCAAGUGCUGUAGAAUUCAGCAAAAUUGCUGUCCGCCCUGUUGAUUGGGAUUACUACAGAGUUGCAGCUGUGCAGGAGAAAUACAUCAAGGAUGAUGAGGACUCUGCCGACAACAAUAAUGUGGCAUUCUCUGAUGAGUCUGCUGAUCAUUGAAAUGGGAUUAACUCAGGUGACACUUUUGAGUUGUGAAUUUGUGUGAUCGAUUCUACAUUAUUUUUGUUUAUAUUUAAAUAUUCAUGGUGAAAAUCGGAACGAUUGUUAGAGGAAAUGCAGACGUAUCUUGUUUUUUUGGUUAAAAUGCCAUGGGAUGAUCUGUAGCUUGUAAUAGUACUUAAUAGUUAUCGCCUACACCUGCUCUAGUCAUCUUAUCUUCUAGCAGUUUAAAAGAAUUUGUGUUCUUUAAUUAUUUUUCUGAGCAGCCCUUAAAAUUUUGUUAGGUUACCCAAAAGCAAAGGGUUUGCUUAGUUAUGUUUUAGAUCUGUUUUGAUGUUUUGGACUUUUUUGAGUUUUUAAAGAGCUUGACUGAA